CUUGUACAUUUAGUAGUAACAUUGCUAGUUAGAUUUUUUUCAUAUUGGCGAAGGAUGAACAAAAGCCAAAAGUCCGUGGCGGACGACAUGGCCUCGACGCCUUUCGGCAAGGAGGUGCUGAUUGGCAACUGGGCGGAGCGCCGCUACGCAGUCGAGGAGCAGAGCAAUGCCAUCCUGCCGGGGAUCCGGGUGAGUGGUUGCGAGCUCCAUAGGUCGCUCUGCCACGACACCUACACUACCGCACCCUUCGAUGGUGCCGAGGUAGUGCCCUUGUUCGUGGAUCAUCGCAAAUUGGCUUACCAGAACUUUAUAAGGAAUAGGCGAUCUUCCCUAAACCUGGUGGACGAUGAGCUACUCAAGAGGAACUUCACUACCACCCACACCCUGGAGUUCCAGGAGAUUCCUCGACUGCGUCUUAUACACGCGAGUGGCGAAAAGGACAAAAGCGGUCCUCCGAAGCAACCGGCGGACGUGGACAGACUGCAGGCCUUCGGAAAUCUUACGAAGACACACAAUUACCUCUUUCGCUUCAAGUGCGAGAAAAUGCUGGACGAGAUCAGCAACAUGCAGACCACCUACUCCGCGUGCUUCAACCGCCCAUGGGAAAAGAAGCCAAUCUUUGAGUUUGGUCCAGACUACGACGGAGUCGUUAAGUUUGACUUAACGUGCUAGCAGCCGGACCUAUAUUUUCUCCUAAGAUUGUGUAAGAGAAUCUACAAAUUUCGCAACAAAAAAAAUUGCAACCGUGUUCCGAAAGAAACUCGUUCCUCUAUAUUACAAGAUUCAAUUUAUUUCAAAUCAUUUUCUUGUAUAAUAAUAUGGGUUCGUAUUUUAGUAGUUCUAUAUUUUGGAUGCCAGAAAUUCUUUGAUUUUCUUGUUGCACUCGCCGUAGCAUUGGUUUUUCCAUUUUCAUAUUUGG